UAACUUCUAUUUCCAAUAUACUAUUUUUAUAUUCAAUACCUGAAACCGCCUAAUCCGGGAUUUCCAGCGCCACAUUAAUAGCGGACUCGUUGUUCACAGCCUUACUAUACAACCUCAACCAGAGAAACGCAAUCAUGCAAAGUUCCCGCACCAUUCAAAGAGAACCUUUUGGCAACUUGAUCCAAGACGAUCAAGAUUUCGAAGUUACUCAUGCCUAUGUUCUAGCAGCACGUGGGGGUGAUCCGAAAGAUCGCCCUGCUGCGUGGAAAGAACCGGAAUUAAUCCCAGCGGGCACUCACGAUCAGGUAAUUGAAAGAAUUCUUUCUGCCUAUGAUUUUUCCGCGGUAUUUAUUAACCUUGUAUUAGACAAGCAAGGUAGACAGACCGACCCAGAAUCAGAAACUAAUCUCAGCGGGCAAGUCAGUUCCGGUAAGUUAGAGAAUCCUGUCUUCCACCGAAAUUUUUUGCAAUACAUACUCAUCAUCCAUGUAUUAAAAGAGACCCACCUACACAUCUAUUCUAAAACAUCUUGAGCAUAAUCUCAAGCUCAGAGAAGGGGCGCCCGGGAUAAGGCGGCGCAAUAGUAUAAUCGAUCCAAUAGACGAAGAGUCAGGUUUGACUAUUCCCACACUCAAUAUGGCGAGAGCCAUUUUCUUUCGUUGGCACUCGAUCAGCGAACAGGAGUGCAAGAUCAUCGCCCCUCCUGUUAUAGCACGACUUCGUCGUGGUGAUCCCGAGCUGGAAGACUACAUCCACGACUUGAUGAUUUAUCAGGACAAAGUAGAACUUGAAGUUUUGCAAAGAGCGCUAGAUAUGACAUGUAGUAUAGUGCUUGCCAACAUUCACACGGAUGAUUUCAAAGAAAGAUGCAGGUCGAACUUUGGUCACCUCCGCUUGGCGAUGUUGUUUUACAACCUUGUAACAGAUGACGAAUUAUACUACAUCUUUCGUACUCUUUGGUUAGCUGUCGACUUUAGUUUUGUUCAAUGUAGCGACAAGCUUCCAGAUUCUCCUACCGAUGAAGACGAAUUUCGAUGGCAUCUGCGGAAGUUCACCAAAUUGAAGUUUGCUCAUCUUGCAGCUUAUUACUUCGAACAAUGUUUGCAGCAGAAGAGUCCUAUUCGUCAUGAAUCAAUGCAACCUUCGAAAGCUGAGAGGCAGGCUUUCGCUUCUGGAUUGAGGCGUGAUAUGGAAAAAAAAGAAGAGGAAUUAUCUAAAUCCCAAGAAAAUGAGAAUGAUAAUGAUGCAGGACGCCGCCAUCCCCCUGUAGACCCCAAGGUUGAGUUAGAUCAAGACCUCUUUGAAGAUCCACCAGAGGUUGUGAUACAUGAAGACCCCCUUGCAACUCCCAAGGCUGAGGACAGAGAGAUAGCCUGGUUCAAUUCCGAGCAGGCAGCAGAGGGGUGGGCGAGAGGGGUGAUGAAUGUGGUAGAUUAUUGGAGAGAGCCACCAUUUUCGCUCUUCAUAUGGGAUGUUCAUAUGUUGCCUGCUACGGGAAAUUUCUUGGAAGGUGGCGGUUCGACAUGGUAGAGGAUCAAGAGUUUUCAGUGAGCUGAGAUAUUCUCAUCAUGGAAAAGGGGGUUGAUAGCGUUGAGAGCCAUAUUUGGAAGGAAGGGUUCAGUGUAAAUACUGCCAUAAAAUGUAUUCCAUAGCGCAAGGGCACGAUAUUCUCGUCUCUCAUCAGUAAAGUACACAUGCUUGAUAAAACAUAUCUUCGUAUGAGACUCGACCCUUCUGCGGUGCUUGGUGCUUGAUCAUGCACAAUGUGAACGUUUGCAAGAUUACGAAAUGCCUAUUGUCUGUUGGGGCUGUUGGGGGACUUGAAAGAAGAUGAAAAAAACUUCUGGAAGUCAUUAAGGGGAUGCGGACAUCGUAAGCUUGAUACACGGAACUGGGGAAAUGUGGAAGAAGGCUGUGUUGUGUUUUAAUUAGUCUAAAAUGACAUUGAUG